GAGAGAGAGAGAGAGAGAGAGACGUAGACGCGGCGUGCACCGCUGGAAGGAGAAGCAGAAGAAAAAGAGGAAGAAGGAGAGGAAGAAGGGCGUCGCGCUCGCGUCCACAUCUGGAUUAACAAUUUGGAUUUUUUGGGAAUUUCUCCUUUUUCGUCGGCGCUCGACUAUGUGUCCUCUCCAAUGGGUGCCAACAACGGAAAAGUGUACGGAAGCGAGGGCAAAGGAAGCUCCAGCAUCUCGUCCGACGUCAGUUCCAGCACCGAUCACACGGCCACCGACGCGCCCAAGAAUGCGACUUCCAGCGAAGGUUUGGACUCCGGCACGAGGACGCUGAGCACGCCCAGUCCCGGCCUCAAGUCGUCGUCUCUGUCCUCCCCGGCGCUGUCCAGCAACGGCCGCGACACCCGCUCCACGUCGUCGUCCUCGUCGGCGGCCGCCUCCGAGACGGUAGCCGUGGUCCACCCGCAGCCGGGCGCCCGCACCCGCUCCCGCGUCCCCAAGGGCCACGCCCCGGCGGACCUCCUGCCCGACGGCCUCCUGCUGCAGAUCUUCUCGCACCUUGCCACCAACCAGCUGUGCCGCUGCGCCCGCGUGUGCCGCCGCUGGCACAACCUGGCGUGGGACCCGCGGCUGUGGAGUACCGUGCGGCUGGACGGCGAACUACUGAACGCUGACCGCGCCGUGCGGGUGCUGACCCGCCGGCUGUGCCAGGACACGCCCAACGUGUGCCUCACCCUGGAGACGGUGGUGGCGAGCGGCUGCAAGCGGCUCACCGACCGCGGGCUGCACGUGCUGGCCCGCUGCUGCCCCGAACUGCGCCGCCUGGAGGUGGCCGGCUGCUACAACAUCUCCAACGAAGCCCUGUUCGAGGUGGUGUCGCGAUGCCCCAACUUGGAGCACCUCGACCUCUCAGGCUGCUCCAAGGUGACGUGCAUCAGCCUGACGGAGGAGGCGUCGCUGCAGCUGUCGCCGCUGCACGGCCAGCAGAUCUCCAUCCGCUACCUGGACAUGACCGACUGCUCGUGCCUGGAGGACGACGGGCUGCGCAUCAUCGCCACGCACUGCCCCCGCCUGACGCAUCUUUACCUGCGGCGCUGCACGCGGCUCAGCGACGAGGCGUUGCGCCACCUGGCCCUGCACUGCCCGUCCGUCCGCGAGCUCAGCCUGAGCGACUGCCGCCUGGUGGGUGACUUCGGCCUGCGCGAGGUGGCCCGCCUGGAGGGCUGCCUGCGCUACCUGAGCGUGGCGCACUGCGCGCGCAUCACCGACGUGGGCGUGCGCUACGUGGCCCGCUACUGCCCCAAGCUGCGCUACCUGAACGCCCGCGGCUGCGAGGGGCUGACGGACCACGGCUUGGGGCACCUGGCCCGCAGCUGCCCCAAGCUCAAGUCGCUGGACGUGGGCAAGUGCCCGCUGGUGUCGGACGGCGGGCUGGAGCAGCUGGCGCUGUACUGCGCCGGCCUGCGCCGCGUCAGCCUGCGGGCCUGCGAGAGCGUGACGGGGCGCGGCCUGCGGGCGCUGGCCGCCAACUGCUGCCAGCUGCAGCUGCUCAACGUGCAGGAGUGCGAGGUGCCGCCGGAGGCGCUGCGCUUCGUGCUGCGCCACUGCCGCAAAUGCGUCAUCGAGCACACCAACCCCGCCUUCUACUGACGGCGGCCGCGCUCGAGUCCCCCGGAAUGUAUUUAAUGUAUUUAUCUGUAAAAACAAACUGUUGUGCGGCGUCUACGGAGACCCAGACGCCACAUCGCUUCACUCGUACCCACAAUGCAGUCGACUUUUUGAAGGAACGCCAUCGUCCCUAAUCCAAAAGUAGCGCUUUGUCGCCUAAGAACAGGAGCGGAGGUGCUGCAUUUGGUCACACCGUAGCCCCGUCUCGUCAAAAAAGCAGUGCAGGCGAUCACGAAUGUGACCAAAGGCACAACAUGCUCGUUUCCCGUACGCAACGCAAUCGCGACGUGCUUGUGACAAUCGUCGAGGAACGUGACAUUGUAGCACACAAACACGUUGCUGCUCCAAUUGUGCCAAUAAAGUCCACCAAAGUGGCUCGUUUCGCAUCA